AUGCCCAAGGCAAAGCACGUGGGCCGACUUUCUGGUCUGGCAGAGCGCUCUGACGCCAUGGUCAGCAUCUACGAAGGAGGAGCUCGCUUCCAAAAGCACGUGGACAAUCCGAACAAGGACGGCCGGGUGCUGACAUCCAUUGUCUACUUGAAUUCUGGCGAUCCUUGGGGUGCCGACGACGGCGGAGAGCUGCGCAUGUUCCCGGAAGGUGAACCGCCCUUGGAUUUCACUCCUGAGACGGGCCGGCUAGUGCUUUUCUGGGCAGAUCGGCUACCACAUGAGGUGUUGCCUGCAAAACGGCGCCGGAUGGCUUUGACAUAUUGGUGGUUCGACCGUGCCGAACGUGAAGCCAAAGUGCAAGAGCUUGUGGAUGAGGUUGGGAACCAGCACCUGAACGUCUCUGAGGAAAGCAUGGCUCAGGACUUCAUUGCUUUCAUGCUCAGUGACACAUCGACCCCGGCAGAGAUUGUCCGCAAAGCGCACACACUUCCCGAGAAGGCUCUGUCCACUGUGGCCACGGUUGUCGGCGCGUCAGGUGCUCAGGAAGCGCUGGAGGGCAUCGGGCGGCUCAGGGACUCCGAUCUGAAGCGUUUGCGCGGCUCCAUGGGCAAGAUGGGGCUGCAGUAG